AUGAGUUGGACUGGAGGAGAUUGGAUGUGUGGUUCUUGUCAGCACAUAAAUUUCAAGAAGAGGGAUGCAUGCCAAAAUUGUGGAUACCCUAAAAUUGGAGGCCCUGAUCCAGAAACAUAUAAAUACAACUGGACCUUGGCAAGGGACUGGUAUUGCAAUGGUAUGAACUGUGGAGCCCACAACUAUGCUAGCAGAACAAGCUGUUAUAGAUGUGGUGUAUUGAAAAGUUCUUAUUCUUGUGGAUUUGGUGGAAACAUGGAAGCCUCUGAUUGCAAUUACCCUCCAGGAUGGAAAACUGGUGACUGGAUUUGCACUAGGUAA